AACAAACAAACAAACAAAUAAAUAACUAAAUAAAAUUAGCUUGAUGUCAGGGGAGAAGCUGAUUAAAGCUCUGCUUGUGAGGGAGCUGCAUGCCUCACUCCAGGCUGCUGCUCAGCUGCAUUGCCACCUGUUUGUUGCUUGUUGGUUGCUUCCUUUUCACUUCAGUUGGUUUAGGUAAUGGAGCUUUCUCCAAGUUGAAAUAAGCUACCCUCUACAAAGUGACCUUAAGUGAAGCUUUGAAUGUUUCCAUUUCAUACUUAUUUCUGAGGUAUGUAUUUGAUAACUAAUGAUACUGCACUGGCAACUUAAAUCUUAGUCUGUUCCUUAAUAGUUGUAUUUGGUAAUAUCUUUUCAUUUUAAGGAAAACAUUUUUUGAUCAAUAUUUAUAGAACUUAGUAUUUUCUUCCAAAUAGUAAGAGGGUAAAAUGAACAUGUUUGCAUAUCUUGACUUUUGGUGGGUUAUAUUUCAUACAUUAUAGUGCUCUUCGUGUAUGUCUAAAGUCACUCUGUUCUGCCACUGCUUUUCCUUGUCAGUGUUGAAGACCAGAUGGAGCAGUCAUCCUUGUACUUUUGGGACCUUUUGGAAGGUAGUGAGAAAGCAGUGGUAGGAACAACAUACAAACAUGUGAAAGACCUGCUGUCUAAAUUGCUGCACUCAGGUUAUUUUGAAAGUGUCCCAGUUCUCAGGAAUUCUAAGGAAAAAGCAGAAGAAGUGCUAAUGCAAUCAGAAACGAAAAAACAGUUACUGAAGAGCAAGUCUAUCAAAGAGUCAGAAUCUCUUACGGAACUUGUACAAUCAGAGAUACAGCCACAGGAGUUUCUUAACAGACGCUAUAUGACAGAAGUAAAAUUUUCAAGAAAACAAGAAAAUGUAGAACAAUCCUGGGAAGCAGAUUAUGCUAGGAAACCAAGUCUCCUCAAAUGCUGGAAUACACUUCCAGAGCCAGAUGGCCAGGAGAACAAGAAAGAGCCCUUGGAGUCCUGGGAGUCUUCUCUUAAGACUCAGGAGGUAUCAAAGCCUGUGGUUUCCUUAGAACAGGGGAAACUCAGGCCAACAUUGCAGGAAGAGCAGAAGCAACAGGUUCCUAUAGCACCUGUCAGUCAGUGGAAGCCAGAAAGCCCUAAGUCCAAAAUGGGCAGCCCUCAAGAAGAGCAGAAUGUACAAGAGACACCAAAGCCAUGGGUGGUUCAGUCACAGAAAGAACAAGAUCCAAAGAAGCUGCCUCCUGGAUCCUGGGCAGUAUCUGUGCAGAGUGAACAGAGUGGCAGCAGAUCCUGGACCACCCCUGUGUGCAGAGAACAGGCUUCAGUGCAGCCUGGGACUCCAGUAUCCUGGGAAAACAAUGCUGAGAACCAGAAACACUCCUUAGUACCACAAUCACAGAUUUCUCUAAAGUCCUGGGGAGCAGCUUCAGCAGGCCUCUUACCAAAUGACCAAGUCCUGACAAGGAAGUUAAAUGUAGAACCCAAAGAUGUGCCUAAGCCCCUGCCUCAGCCUAUAGACUCUUCUUCUGCCCUUCCAAAGGAUCCAGUAUUGAGGAAAGAAAAACUGCAGGACCUUAUGAGCCAGAUUCAAGGAACUUAUAACUUUAUGCAAGAAUCUGUUCUAGAUUUUGACAAACCCUCAAGUGCAAUUCCAUCAUCACAGCCGCCUUCAGCUUGUCCAGUCUCUACAGUAUCUGCAGAACAAAACUUGUCCAACCAAAGUGAUUUUCUUCAAGAACCAUCACAGGCCUCUUCUCCAGUUACUUGUAGCUCAAAUGCUUGCUUGGUGACUACUGAUCAGGCUUCUUCGGGAUCUGAAACAGAGUUUAUGACCUCAGAGACCCCUGAGAUGGUGGUCCCCCUCUGCAAGCCAAAGCCAGCUUCUGCACUUGCUUCUCCAAAUCCUCCCCUGUCAAAGAGCUUCCAGUUACCUCCUGCAAGUGGGAGUUCAGAAGCCAUUAGCACAGCACCCUUUCAGGCCAUGCAGACAGUGUUUAAUGUCAACGCACCUCUGCCUCCACGGAAAGAACAAGAAAUGAAAGAAUCUCCUUAUUCAUCUGGCUACAAUCAAAAUUUUACUUCAUCAAGUACACAGACAGUAUCCCAAUGCCAGCUCCCAGCUGUACACAUAGACCAGACAACUCAGCCUCCAGAGACUGGUGCAGGUUAUCAUCCUGAUGGAACUGUUCAAGUAAGCAAUGGCAGCCUUGCCUUUUACCCAGCACCCACGAGUAUGUUUCCCAGACCUGCUCAACCAUUUAUCAGUAGUCGGGGGGCUCUGAGAGGGUGUUCACAUGGAGGGAGGUUACUAAUGAGUUCCUAUCAGUCUCCUGGUGGCUACAAAGGUUUUGAUAGUUACAGAGGACUUCCUUCAGUUUCAAGUGGGAAUUACAGCCAGGUGCAGCUGCAAGCUAGAGAAUAUCCUGGAACAGCUUACUCUCAAAGGGAUAAUUUCCAGCAGUGUUAUAAAAGAUCGGGAACAUCUAGUGGUCUUCAGGCAAAUUCAAGAGCAGGGUGGAGUGACUCCUCUCAGGUGAGCAGCCCAGAAAGAGACAGCGAGACUUUUAACAGUGGAGACUCUGGGCUAGGAGAUUCUCGGAGCAUGACCCCAGUGGAUGUGCCAGUGACAAGCCCAGCAGCCGCCAUCCUGCCAGUCCAUAUCUAUCCCCUGCCUCAGCAAAUGCGAGUUGCCUUCUCAGCUGCCAGAACAUCCAAUCUGGCUCCUGGAACUUUAGACCAACCUAUUGUGUUUGAUCUUCUCCUGAACAACUUGGGAGAGACCUUUGAUCUUCAGCUUGGUAGAUUCAAUUGCCCAGUGAAUGGCACUUACGUGUUCAUUUUUCACAUGCUAAAGCUGGCUGUGAAUGUACCGCUGUAUGUCAACCUGAUGAAGAAUGAGGAGGUCUUGGUGUCAGCCUAUGCCAAUGAUGGUGCUCCAGACCAUGAGACAGCAAGCAACCAUGCCGUUCUCCAGCUCCUCCAGGGAGACCAGAUAUGGCUGCGCUUACACAGGGGAGCGAUUUAUGGAAGUAGCUGGAAAUACUCUACAUUUUCAGGCUAUCUUCUUUAUCAAGAUUAAAAUUCAGUUCAGAAUAAAAGAAUGAAGUUCUCACUAGUGGAUCUAAGGAAAAGUAGUCCUUGCCCUAGUGAUUGACUGGUUGGGAAAAAUAUUUUUGUUCCUAGAGAAAGAAGGAGGUCCUUACUUUUUUGUUUUCCAUUUUAUGUGAAGACUUUGAAACAGAAUGAUAAUUAGCACUAACUUUAUAAAUUGUGAUGUAGCCUUGCUAGUCACACAGCGAAUGUGUAUUGUUUGCACUUAAUCCUGAACUGUGUUAAUGGUCAGCUUACUGAAUUGAAUGCCUCAACUUCAGAUAAGUUCCAUGCCUCGUUGUGCCUCAAUAAAAUUUAAACUGCACCUC